GCUUCGCGCGCAGGCUGCGACCCAGUUUAGAGGGCGCCGGGCCGGGGCGCCGGUGGAACUGAGGGAGCCGGCUCGGAGUCGCCUCGCCUGGUGACUCCCGCCCCGGCGGGCACCAGGCGGCCGGCGUCAUGACUCUGUUUCACUUUGGGAACUGCUUCGCCUUGGCCUACUUCCCCUACUUCAUCACGUACAAGUGCAGCGGCUUGUCUGAGUACAAUGCCUUCUGGAAAUGCGUCCAGGCCGGGGUCACCUACCUCUUUGUGCAGCUAUGUAAGAUGCUGUUCUUGGCCACUUUCUUCCCCACCUGGGAAGGUGGCAUCUAUGACUUUAUUGGGGAGUUCAUGAAGGCCAGUGUGGAUGUGGCAGACCUGAUAGGCCUCAACCUCGUCAUGUCCCGGAAUGCCGGCAAGGGAGAGUACAAGAUCAUGGUGGCUGCCCUUGGCUGGGCCACCGCUGAGCUCAUUAUGUCCCGCUGCAUCCCCCUGUGGGUCGGAGCCCGGGGCAUUGAGUUUGACUGGAAGUACAUCCAGAUGAGCAUCGACUCCAACAUCAGCCUGGUCCAUUACAUCGUCGCCUCGGCCCAGGUCUGGAUGAUCACACGCUACGACCUCUACCACACCUUCCGGCCAGCCGUCGUCGUCCUCAUGUUUCUCAGUGUCUACAAGGCGUUUGUCAUGGAGACCUUCGUACACCUCUGCUCCCUGGGCAGCUGGACAGCUCUGCUGGCCCGAGCGGUGGUCACGGGGCUGCUGGCCCUCAGUACCUUGGCCCUGUACGUCGCCGUCGUCAAUGUGCACUCCUAGGCUUGGUGUCCCAGAGUCACUGGACCUGUUCCCCUGCCUCUCUCCAGGUGUUUGUGAAGUAAACAGUAUUUGGAAAGUU